AUGCCAACUCCAUUAAACGACAAACUACAACACACGAUCAGUCAAUACACAAGUAGCAUCGUCGAGCGCCUUUUCCAUCAUGAUUUUAACACUUCGAUACACUUCGAACCACCUGAAGAUCUCAGCGGCUUAACCUGGUAUCCCAAACCUCACUGGACCAUCUGGGACUACUUCUCUGUCUUGGUCGUUGGGAUCACAUUCUUUUUUGUGAUGGUAUCAAUGGGAAAGCACGCCGAGUUUGAGGCCGACAAAGACAUGCUACACUGGAUUCCAAUAGAGGCGAUCGCGUCUCUACAAACUAAGUUACUGGCAAUGGAGAAGUCUGUAUCGGCCAAAUCGGAGGCACGCCUGGAGGAGGAAAUUCAGAAGCUGAAACAGCUCCAAAAAGAACUAGAUCAGACGAUCAAACUAAACCGAUUUAGAGCCCGGACCGAAAUGGUAAAGAUGUGGGCCCAGCUUAACGGCACGGACCUUGCAACUGCACAUCGUCACCUUACGAGGCACGAUGGAGCUGCGGAAUUCGAAGACGCUGUCGAAGGUGUCAUGGCGACGUUGUUGGAACGUAUCCAGAAGGACGGAGUGCGCAUCAAUCAACUUAGCGAAGCUCUGGAAACUCUGACAGGGGAGGAUAUGGAUUUGACCUCGGAUGGUGUACAGAGUGAUAGAGCCGCGAAUGGUAAUGGUCACGGUUAUCACGAGCAGGAUGGAGUCAAACAAGAUUGUUUCGUACAGUAUCGUGACCAGCAAAAUACUGGUAAAAAGGCUGGCGAUCCUGGCUACUUUUACGCAUGA